AUGGCGCAGAAGGACGCCGCCAAUGGCAACGGCGCCACCACGCGCCCGCCGCCCACUCCCUCCCCCAUCCGCUUCUCCAAGUUCUUCCAGGCCAACAUGCGGAUCCUGGUCACCGGCGGAGCUGGCUUCAUCGGCUCGCACCUCGUCGACAAGCUCAUGGAGAACGAGAAGAACGAGGUCAUUGUUGCUGACAACUUUUUCACUGGGUCAAAAGACAACCUGAAGAAGUGGAUCGGACACCCAAGAUUUGAACUCAUCCGUCACGAUGUCACCGAACCACUGCUCGUGGAGGUUGACCAAAUCUACCACCUUGCUUGCCCUGCCUCACCAAUCUUCUACAAGCACAACCCUGUCAAGACCAUCAAGACGAAUGUCAUUGGAACCUUGAACAUGCUUGGACUUGCAAAGAGAGUUGGAGCUAGAAUAUUGUUGACUUCGACCUCUGAAGUUUAUGGUGAUCCCCUUGAGCAUCCUCAGACGGAGGCGUACUGGGGCAAUGUUAACCCAAUUGGAGUCAGGAGCUGCUACGAUGAGGGUAAGCGUGUAGCUGAGACACUGAUGUUCGACUACCACAGGCAGCACGGCAUUGAGAUCCGUAUUGCCAGGAUUUUCAACACCUAUGGACCUAGGAUGAACAUCGAUGAUGGCCGUGUUGUUAGUAACUUCAUUGCUCAGGCCAUUCGUGGUGAAGCACUGACUGUCCAGAAGCCUGGAACACAGACCAGGAGCUUCUGCUACGUCGCUGAUAUGGUCAAUGGUCUUAUGAAGCUGAUGAAUGGAGACAACACCGGACCCAUUAACAUUGGGAACCCAGGUGAAUUCACCAUGCUGGAACUUGCCGAGAAUGUGAAGGAGUUGAUCAACCCAGAAGUGACAGUGACGAUGACUGAGAACACUCCUGAUGACCCUCGCCAGAGGAAGCCUGACAUCACCAAGGCCAAGGAGGUUCUCGACUGGGAGCCCAAGGUCGUCCUGCGCGACGACGUUUGGCGUACAACAUCACCAAUUUGCCAGAGCAUACUCAUAGUUGGGUGGGUUCGUCAAUAUUCGUUGCUGCGUUUCGUUACGGAAUUUGAGUUCCAAUAA